AUUGUUUUCUGUUUUCUAGGGCUGGCCCAUGUAUGCCCAGCUGCUGAUUGAUCUAUUCAAGUUCCUGGCUCCGUACCUGAGAAAUGUGGAGUUGACAAAACCUAUGCAAAUUCUUUACAAGAGGAUUGUUUUAUAUUUACAGGGCACGCUCCGUGUCUUGCUUGUCCUAUUGCACGACUUUCCCGAGUUUCUUUGUGACUACCAUUAUGGCUUCUGCGAUGUGAUCCCACCAAACUGUAUUCAGCUGCGUAACUUGAUCCUGAGUGCCUUCCCACGGAACAUGCGACUGCCAGAUCCAUUCACGCCUAAUUUAAAGGUGGAUAUGCUAAGUGAAAUCAACAUUGCUCCCCGAAUAUUAACCAACUUCACCGGAGUGAUGCCACCUCAGUUUAAGAAGGACUUGGACUCCUAUUUGAAGACACGUUCUCCAGUGACCUUCCUGUCAGAGUUGCGCAGUAACCUGCAGGUAUCAAACGAACCUGGUAACCGGUACAACAUUCAGCUAAUCAAUGCCCUGGUGCUGUAUGUGGGAACGCAGGCGAUUGCUCACAUCCACAACAAGGGCAGCACGCCAUCCAUGAGCACUAUCACACACUCUGCCCACAUGGACAUCUUCCAGAACCUGGCUGUGGACCUAGAUACAGAAGGUCGAUACUUGUUCCUGAAUGCCAUCGCCAAUCAGUUGCGAUACCCAAACAGCCACACCCACUAUUUCAGCUGUACUAUGCUGUAUCUGUUUGCUGAAGCCAAUACAGAAGCAAUCCAGGAGCAGAUCACCAGAGUACUGUUGGAAAGGCUGAUUGUAAACAGGCCUCAUCCUUGGGGACUGCUCAUUACCUUUAUUGAGCUUAUUAAAAAUCCAGCCUUCAAGUUCUGGAACCAUGAGUUUGUCCAUUGUGCUCCUGAGAUUGAGAAGUUGCAACAUUAUACCUCUCUCCAAAUAUCUGACCUGAGCCCCAGGUUGUUCCAGUCUGUAGCUCAAUGCUGUAUGGGACAGAAGCAGGCACAACAAGUAAUGGAAGGCACUGGCGCAAGUUAAAACGGUGAAGCAAUACCUCCUUGGAGAAACAACAUGGAAAGAGUGAUGGGCAGCCUGUGUUUUUCUUGAAAACUGUCAUUGGUUGUGUAACUUGCUGGUUCUUCCAAUCAAAUGCAGUCAGCUGCAUGAGGCAGACAUAGGAACAGUGGUCGAUGAAGAACUGAUUUCAUGUUGGACAUGUUUUAUUUUUCAUUUGUCACUUGGCCAAAAAAAACAAAUGCUGUGAAUAUCAUUUGAAAUGAUAUAAAAAUGUAAAUAAAAGGGAGUGCAACCUUAAACCGGACUAUCUCCAUCUGUGCAAAUUGUAUUAAACUGACUUUUAUCCAGUUAUUACCGGUGUUGGCAGCUGAUGACACAUUGAAGCAUGUCUGGGAUAGAUUCCCCGCCGUUCCAAAUUACAGCCAAGCCACAGAUCCUCGAGAGUUGUCACAGGAGCUGCUCUUUAUUCGAUGCAUUUUCCCCACUUUGUUGGGGUGGGGGAGGGAGAGAAGGAAAGCAGUAUUGACUUUUAUUUGCCCGUUUUCUUGUAUAUUUAAAGUCCUCCAGCAGAUUAGCAUGGAGGUCAGUAUGGUUUGCAUAAAGGUUUUUAUUUUUUAAGGUGUUUGUGUUCAAGAUGAGCCGCUCCUUCUGUCCUUUAACAAGGGGGUGUCCAGGCUGAUUGUGGCGUUCACUAUGUUAAUGCAAAGGAAAAUAAAAGGUUCUCCCUGAAUUCUGUAAAUUGUGGGAUAAAAAGAGCCAGUUUUGCGGCAUGAAGUCGAUUAAGUUUGUAAAAAGAAACCAAGGACCAAUACAGGCCAUUUUGUAAGGAUUUUGAAUGUUGUUUUGUAAAUGUAUUGGUCCAUGUGUUGUAUUUUGUAGUCUUUGUAGUUUCCUUGGCUCUAGUUCUGCCACUUAACACUCUUGUAUGUAAGCAUAUUGUAGUUAAUGCAUUAAAACCCAUGUCAUGCAGC